UCUCUUUCUUUUUCUUUGUCUUUUAUUCAACAUGUCUUCUUUAACUCACUUGGACAGUCAAGAUGAGUCAACUUUGAGAUCAACAAAGGCAAAACCUUCUGGUAUUUCAGUUUUGUUCAAUAGCGAACCAAGACCAUUAAACGCAUACGUUGUGACAUCAACACAGUUUAGUGAUGUAGGGUCUUCUUAUCGUUCUUCAGCUUAUUUUACUGCAUCAAUGCCAAACAGCAUAGCAGAAGAAGAUAAUUGGUCAAGAUGGAACCCAAACAUUGAUACAGAUAUUGUACCACCAUCACCAUCUCAAUUAAGUGCUAAAAGCGAACCUCACUAUCUUUCAAGGACAGUCUCUUCAACAAACUAUUUUGAUAAUGCAAGCACAUAUGAAGUUAUUUUAGACGAUGGCUCAAGACAAAAACGCACUAUCUCACUGUCUACGAUUCCUCAACUUAACAGCACAUCUUUUGUAGAUACAUGGAUACAAAGUUCAGACGAGACGAGCAGCCUUCUAAAAGAUAAAAGAAACAAUUCAUUUGAUGAGUCAUCUUCUUCUGACAUGGAUGACAAUGAAGAAAGCAUGAAAUCAAAGAGAAAAACAAAACAACAGCAUUCUAAAAGUUACAGACAAAGAUGGACCAAGUUUCAAAGCCAAUACUUGACACUGUCCCAUAAACAAAAAAUGGUGUUGAAAUGUAGUUUUGCAUAUACCAUUGGCUCUUUGUUUACAUUUGUUCCUUGGUUCCAUUCAUUUUGCGGUACGCAUGUGGCAAGUCAUUUGGCUGCCACUGUCACUGUCUUUUUUAAUCCGGCAAAGACAGUAGGUGGCAUGAUUGAAGCUGCAGGUUUUGGCUGGUUAUAUACAAGUGCUGCACUCGCAUUGAGCUUGGCAAGUAUGUAUACCACCAAUUACUUUAUUGAUCAUGACAAACUCAUCACGGCCUAUGCUUUUUCUCUCGGUAUUUGGCUUGCAGGAAGUACUUUUCUUAUUUCUUACUUGAAGUCAAAGAUAAAUACGCCAAGCGUGCUGACAGCUUCUGGCCUCGCUUUUAUCAUCCUGUUUACAGUGAUUGUUCGACAAGGUUCAGGAGAUGAAACUGAACUUACCAAAGAUAUCAUUACUGAAACAUUUUCAAUUGUAGCCAUUGGCACAGCCAUCUCAGUUGCAGUGUGUAUUUUUAUUUGGCCCAUGACUGCGUCCCAAAAACUAAAAUCAACUAUCGAUUCAAGUCUUUCAUCUACCCGAGUCUUACUUAAACUCUUGACAAAGACGUUCUUGUUAGAUACUGAUCUUCCGGAAUUUACAGCCAAUUCCACUUUAGAAAAUGCUUUCAAGACCCAUAAAGCAAGUUUUACUACACUCAAGUCAGCCCUCAAAGAGGCAAACCUUGAAUUUUACAACCUUGAAAUGAAGCACCAUGCUCAAGGAUAUCAACAUAUUGUAGAGAGUCUAGAACGGUUGGCACAACAUGUAGGAGGACUUAAAAGUAGCUGUGGUUUACAAGUAGAAGUGAUGCAUCAGUUCCUUCAUCCUAAACAAUACGGUUCAAUCAUAGAUCAACAACCAAACUUUGAACGACAUGCAAAAGAAGCCCUGAAUGUCAAGGCAGGACCUCAGAGAAAAAGAAUGGAAUCCGAACUCAAAAGAGAAAGAAUAAGUGACGAAAGAGGUGCACUUGUACAGUUUAUUGGUUCCGUUAGAUCACCUAUGAAAUCGCUUGCUUACACUUGUAAGCAAACCAUCAUCCAUUUACAAGCACGUUUUAUGCAAAAAACAACACAGUCAACACCUUCCUUUCAAAUGAUGCGACAAAAUCUGGCUAGUGCUGUUGACUUAUUUGAGACUUCGCAACAUCAAGCUCUGAUCUGGUUCUACAAGAGAAAGCUCAAGACGAACGAUAUAGAUCAGAUACAAUCCUUGUUUUUAGCACAACAUGAAUUUCCAGUGGAUGAUGUUUAUCUCGUUUACUUUUUUGUAUUUUGUCUCUUGGAAUUCGCAAAAGAGUUGAUGACGCUUGUAGAAAGUGUACAGUAUGUAUUUGAAGAUAUGGAGGAAUUAGACCGUAGCCAAAGUGUGUUUGCAUGGACACGCUAUCUGUGGACUAGAAAAUUAGAUUAUUAUAGUCAAAGUGAAAAAAUGAUGGCUCAAAACAUGCAUAGUUUUGUACCUAACAAUUCAAACACAUUCAACACACUGCAUACACCAUCGCCCAAGACAAACAUCAGAAGAUUUCUUCUCAGUCUUUGGGGCUUUUUUUCUCAAUUCAGAAGCCAUCAUGUCAAAUUUGCGUUCAAGUCGAUGUUGACAGCAGAACUGAUAUCUGUCCUGGCUUUCAUUCCUCUCACACGACCCUAUUUCACCAAUCUCAAGAUGGAAUGGACACUUGUCACUGUGAUGGCUGUCAUGACGCCCACGGUAGGAGGAACUAAUUUAGGUGCUAUCCUUCGUAUCUUGGCCACUAUCAUUGCUUGCUUCUUGGCAGCCGUUAUUUAUACGCUCUUUGAGCAUAAUACAUUUAUGCUCUGGUUAUGGACUUGGUUGGUUUCAAUCCCCAGCUUCUGGAUGAUUCUGAAUCAUAAGCAUGGUCGAUUUGGUUUGUUCUCGUUGCUUGCUUACAAUCUGAUUGUGUUGUACAAAUUCAACCAUCGAGACGAUGCUAGUUUUGAUGUCUUUGAACUCACUUGGACUCGAUGCCUUGCUGUAUCUUUGGGUGUCUUGAUUGGUUUGUUUGUUACUGCUUAUGUAUGGCCUUACGAGGCUCGUACUCAAGUAAGAAAAGGGCUUUCGGAUUUACUGUUACGACUCUCUUGGCUUUAUAAGCAACUUGUAUCCGUUUAUUCAGAAGACAAUGUGUAUGAAGCCACCUCGACCAAUGCUCUCUCUAUCUUGAUAGAGCCCAACAGAGCAAGAGCCAGUGUCCUUCAGAAGAUUGAACUUGGUAUCCAAGUCGAACUUCUUAACCUCCAAACACUACUGGUUCAUGCACCUAAUGAACCUCGCCUGAAAGGACCCUUCCCAGUCAAGACAUAUAGUGCCAUGCUUACAUGCUGUCAAAACAUUCUCGACAAACUAUUGGCGAUGCGAAUCGUCAUCUUGAAAGACGUAUGGGCUAUUCAUGUUCGACGUAAUUUCCUUACACCUGCAGCGAACGAAUUCAUGGAAAUGGCAGGUAAUGUGUUUCUUUAUUUCUACCUGCUUGCUUCAGCACUUCAACUCAAGACACCUUUACCACCUUAUUUACCACCUGCUGAAAAAGCACGACAGCAACUGAUGAAGAAACUACAACAUAUUCCUAGUCAUUUAGAAGAGCAUAUGCGAACCUGGCCAGAAGAGAAACAAGAUGAACCUUAUAUGAUUUAUUAUGCUUAUGUUGUCUUGAUGGAGAAUAUUAUUCGUGAACUUGAAUUGGUAAAGUAAUUUGAACU